ACAAAUUUGGGUUUUCCUCAUUUCCUGUGUAGAUUGGAGUGGAAGUUAACAUUACUUUGGAUCCCAAAUCUUCAUCAUUCUCCUCUCUCUCUCUCUCUUUUCCCUCUUUAUAUAUUUGGUCCAUCAAUCUUUUCUUUCCUUCUUUCUUUCAUUCCCACAAGCGAGAAAGAAGAUACAUUAGAAAGUUGCCGCAUUUACUCUCUGUUUCGUUCCUCUUUUUUAAAUUCCCAUACUCGCAUAUUCAACUCCGCACAAAAAAAUUGAACCCUUUUUGAGGUUUUGAGUAUCUGAGAAGUCAAUUCAUAGUUCAAAACCUUUUUCCCCCUUCCUGCUUCUGCUAGUCUACUCUACCAUGGAGGAGUACUAUUUCAACGUGAAAAGGGGCCAUAUUCCGGCAUUUGGAAGCUGGGAUUGUAACAAUGAUCUUCCCUUCACUCAGUGCUUCGAGAGCGCAACCCAAGCCGGAUUGCUCCGCUACAGCUACUCCGAGGACCGUGAUUUGUACGUCGCCGGCGACUUGUAUCAGAAUGAUGUUGUAACUCCGGCCAUGAUUGUUGUUCCUCGCCGCAGGGUAAAAUCAAGCUACCAAGGAGGGAAAGAAGCCAAAGGAGGAGGAGAAGCUUGGGUUGUGUGCGAUUGCGAAAAUGGGGUGACUCUGAAAGCACCACCAAGUCCUCUGCCGCCGUCUCCUCCCCGGCGAGCACCAAAAGCCGUCGAUGAAGACCUCUACAAAAUUUCCCCUGAAUUACUCCGUGCAAAACCCAGAAAGAAGAGUGGGUGGCGUCUUUUCUCAAGCUGCUUGGUACCCAGUUGUGUUUAAUUGAAUCCGGUGAAGAAGCUCAAAUGUUAGUAGUAGUAUUAUUAUGCAUUAAUGGAGAAUUGACAACAAACUACUGAAAAGCAAAGCAAGCACCAAAAAGAGCUAUAAAGGGGUGGAAGAAUGAAGAAAAUGGUGGUGUUCUUCUUCUUCAUCUUUUUUUUUUGGGGGGGGGAGUUGGCGAUGAAAUUGAUGGCGGUUUUCUGGAAGAUCAUUCAAUAUCUAAGUAGUACUCAACAUCAUGAUGAUGACAAUGAUGAUGACCUAUUAUCACGCCCAAACUGUUUGAACGUUACCUUUUUGAAGCCUCCUAUUCCAUCAGCUCUACUAGCUUUAGCUAUAGCUAAAGCUGCUACAAUGGUGUUUUUUAUCAUAUUAUUAUUAUUAGGAGUUAUUAAUGUAGAGUUAUUGUAAAAAAGGCUUGCUUGAAAAGUGAAAGACAAAACUCACGGGUUGCAAUUAUUAUGGAAUUACAUGUGGUGUGGUUAUUAUCCCAUUCUGAUUUAUUUUCUUCUCAUCAUUUUUCUUUGCUUAAUUCGUGCAAGAUUGUGAUUGAGCAAUGGUACAAAUUGUUCUCAUUUGUCAAAGCCGAAAUUGCAAACUAUUUUGAAUUUUUUUGGAAUUGGAAGGUGUAGUAGUAGUAGUAGGCUUGCUUUUUUUUUUUUUCAGCAGGAUGGGGAGGG